AUGACCGAUUUACCAGCGCAGACGCGACGCGGAGCUCUCAUUGUCGUGGAGGGACUCGACCGCGCCGGCAAGUCAAGUCAAUGCGAGAUGCUACGAGGGUUCCUCUCAGAGCAGGGGCAUGUUGUGAAAUACAUUCGAUUUCCAGACAGGACAACGCCCAUCGGCAAGUUAAUCGAUAGCUACCUCCGCGGCUCAUCCCAGCAAGACGACCAUUCCAUCCACCUUCUCUUCUCGGCAAACCGGUGGGAGGUAGCAAAGAGCAUCGAAGAGGAUAUCGCAAGCGGCACCACAGUCAUCGUAGACCGCUACUCUUACUCCGGCGUCGUCUACUCGGCCGCCAAAGCAAACCCCACACUCUCCCUGGACUGGGCAUGGCAGCCGGAGAUUGGUCUACCCCGUCCGGAUAUUUGUCUGUUCCUUGGCAUUUCCCCAGAGGAAGCGGCUAAGCGUGGUGGAUUUGGUGCUGAGCGAUAUGAGAAUGCGGCCAUGCAAACCCGCGUGCGGGAGCUUUUCCAGACGAUAUUUGAGAAGAUGCAGGAUGUCGCCAUUAUUGAUGCGGGUAAAUCCAUGGACGAGGUGUCGAAGGAGAUACAGAGCGCUGUGACUGGUUGCAUUGCGGGUCUGGACACGUGUGGCGCGUUGAGGAAGUUGGAACCUCUUGCGAACUAG